AUGGCUCCCUGGCACAGGACAGCCGCUUUCAUGUGGUCAACGCUUGCUUUUCUUCUUUGUUUUGCUUUCACGUUUGCUGCUGAUCCCGGGCCAGAGCAUGCCAUAAGCUACUUCGACAAUGCACCAACUCGGUUGUUCUUUUUCGAUGAUACGACUAGUGUGAUAUACCACGAUGCCAUCUUCGGGGAAAUACAUGUUUCUCAUGAUGAAGGCAAGACCUGGAAACGCGCAGAUGACAUACCACCUGGCGAGGCUGCAAUGUUUAUUGAACAUCCAUUCAACAAUCGCGUGGCAUUCGUAUUAACAAAUUCCUACACGCAUUACCGCACAGACAACCGCGGAAAGUCAUGGCGCACGUUCAACGUUCCUGAGCUACUAGCCUAUGUCGAAGCACCACUCUCAUUCCACUCAGAUCCCAAAAAGUGGGAGUAUACCCUCUUCCAGGCCACCAAAUGUGACACAGUUUCCUCGGGAGAACAAUGUCGAGAUGUGACAUACUACACCAAAGAUGGAUUUGCCUCAUCACCACAACUACUCCUAGAUGAUGUCUCUCGUUGUCAAUUUGCUCACAGUACGAAGGAUUUCAAACAUGACGCUCACGAAGACCUUAUCUACUGCGUCGCCUAUGACUCUUCCGCUAUGAUCGGCUCGCACAAUAUUGCAAGCAGUCGUCUGUACUCUAGCACAGACUUUUUUGCUACCAAGCAGAACGAAGACCUUGGCAUUGGCAAGAAUGCCAAAGGCGUCGUGGUAUUUGCGAUCGUGUCCAAGUUCGCUGUGGUUGUGCUCAAGGACUUGACGCCCGGCAGCGAGGGUGACAUGCUAUUCUAUGUUACUGUGAACACCAAGGAAUGGGCCAAGGCACAUUUCCCGCAUACCUCCCAGGCGCGCUUGCGGGAGAAUGCAUACACCAUCGUCGAGUCUACGGUCCAUUCUCUAGCAGUAGAUAUCGUCUUGCAAGACUUAACUACUGUCGGUACUCUGUUUGUCAGCAACUCUAACGGCACCUAUUUUGUCGAGAGCUUGACGGACACGAACAGGAACAUAGCGGGGUACGUUGACUACGAUACCAUAUAUGGCGUCGAUGGUGUUGGUAUUGCCAAUGUCAUUGCUAAUGCGCAAGACGUUGAGAGGAAGAUGGCAGCCAAGCAAUUACGGUCGGUCAUCACAUUUAAUGAUGGCAGCUCAUGGGAUUCUCUUGUCGCUCCUCGCGGGACCUGCUCCUCCGAACCAUGUUCGCUGCACUUGCACUCGGUAACAGACAUGCACGACAGUGGCCCUGUUUUCUCGUCCCCCGCCCCUGGCUUCGCUAUGGGCGUUGGUUCCGUUGGAAAGGCGCUCGCGCCGUAUGAGGAGAGCAACACCUACAUGAGCGCGGACGCCGGCCUGACAUGGACCAUGGUCCGCGAAGGCGCAUGUCAAUACGAAUUUGGCGAUUCCGGAACUGUCAUCGUCAUCGUCGACGACGAGCAACCUACCGACUCCAUCAUGUACUCCACGGAUAUGGGUCGGACCUGGAACACGUACAAUGUCGGGAUCCAAUUCCGUGCUAAGAGGCUGACGACGGUAUCGGAUUCGACAUCUCAGAAGUUUCUUCUCCUCGGCCAGGUCACGCGGCAGUCCCAACAACCCAAUGAGGGCCGCAACGCUGCUAUCUACCUCGAUUUUGCCACCCUCGGGCGCCGGAAGUGUGGUCCUAACGACAAGGAGUCAUGGUACGCAAGAGCCAGUACUAGAUCAGAGUGCAUCAUGGGUGCCAAGCAAUGGUACACCAGGCGCAAGGCUAAUGCAGAUUGCUACAUGGGCGAGAAGUUUCACGAUCCGGAAGUUCAUGAUGAUACGUGCUCAUGUGAGGAACAUGAUUAUGAGUGUGACUACAACUACGUGCGGAGCGAUGGUAAAUGUGUGCCUACGGGUCCAGAGCGCAUACCUAGCACCCAGUGCACCCUUGGGACGCCCGACGAAAAGUACAUGGGUUCAUCAGGAUAUCGCAAGAUCCCUGGGAACAAGUGUCAAGGUGGCUCUCGCAUGGACAAGCCCGUAUCUAAAGAUUGUUCCGGAGCUGAACCUCUUGAAGGAGCGAUCGUUCACCAGAUUCAUUCAUUCUCUAGUGAUAUUGUACAGAGCGCGUAUUUCAGGGACUCGAAGACCGUUCUCGUCCGUCUUUCCGACUUCACAAUAUGGCAAUCUAGCAAUGAAGGUUACACAUGGGAACAAAAGUUCCCAGAAGAGCGUUUCCUCGCGUUCUAUAUGCAUACGCACAGCAAUGAGCGCGCAUACCUUAUCACUGACUCCAAUAAGUUCUUCUACACAACAGACACAGGCCGCUACUGGCACUCCUCCCAAGCACCUUCGCCUCCCAACACCUUCGGGGCUCAAGUGCUCCGCUUCCAGACCAAGUCCGACUAUCUCAUCUGGAUCGGUAAUGCGGACUGCGAAUCAGGGUACAACUGUCGCGCGCAGGCUCAGUAUACGCGGAACAAUGGACGGAAUUGGCGGUUGGUGGAGGACUAUGUCGUGAAUUGUGACUGGGCACGCGAUGAGGAGCUGCGGAUCGAUUCAUCACAGAUCCUAUGCGAGUCGUAUGCGGACAAAAAAGGCUCGCAGGUGUUUUUCGGGAAAGACAAUGCGUUGCAGCUUGUGUCUGGGACGGACUAUUAUGCGACAAAGACGAAGUUGUUUGACCAUGUCGCGGGGUUCACCAAGUUUUCAGAGUUUUUGGUCGUGGCUGAGUACCUCCCGAUGAGGGGCACGCUUAACAUCCAGGUCUCACUUGAUGGACAGACGUUUGCUUCUGGGAACUUCCCUCCUGGCAUGCAUCCAGAUUCUCACGCAUACACCGUCCUCGACUCAAGCACUAAAUCUAUCUUCCUACACAUGACCAUGAACGAGUUUCCAACGCCAUGGGGCAACAUGCUGAAAUCCAACUCUAACGGAACUUACUUUGGCCUAUCCAUCGAGAACGUGAACAGGAACAAUGAAGGCUUCGUCGACUUUGAAAAGUUCGCGGGAUUGGAUGGCAUUGCGAUGGUCAAUGUAGUGUCCAAUCCUGCGGAGGCUGCGCUUACGGGACGUAAGGCUCUGCAGACGAAAAUCACGCAUAACGACGGUGGCACUUGGAAGCCGCUUUCACCCCCUUCGGUAGAUUCGUUGGGUGUGAAGUACCCUUGUAAAUCAGCGGGCUGCGCACUUCACGUUCACGGGUAUACAGAGCGCGUCGAUGCCCGGGCAACAUAUAGCAGCCCAUCCGUCGUCGGUGUGGUGAUGGCAGUCGGGAACGUGGGUGAUUCGCUCGCCACCUACACAGAGAGCGAUACCUUCCUGUCCCGGGAUGGCGGGUUCACAUGGGAAGAAGUCCACAAGGAUGCCCACCUCUGGAAGUUCGGCGACUCAGGGUCUAUCAUUGUGAUCGCGAAUGAUGAGGAGCCGACGGACCACGUCCUGUUUACCACAGAUGAGGGUCUUACUUGGCGAGAAUUCAAGUUCACGACUGAGAAGAUCAGAGUGAGGGAUAUAGUGACGGUGCCAGAGGAUACAAGCCGGAAGUUCAUGCUACUGGGUCGUUACCCCGCGACGUCCAGCUCGGUGAUCGUGCACUUGGACUUCUCACCUCUCACGCAUAAGAGAUGCCUCGUGGAUAACGAACACCCUGGACACGAUGACUUUGAGUUGUGGAGCCCCAGCGAAGAAAGAGACUCGCUUUGCUUGUUCGGUCGACAGACGCUCUACCAUCGCCGCAAACGGGAUGUGAACUGUGUUGUUGGAGACACGCCUAAGGCACUGGACAACAUUGUACGGAAUUGCACAUGUACGCUGGAGGACUUUGAGUGCGAAUUCAACUAUGUCCGCAACGGGGAAGGCAAAUGUGUUCUUGUACCGGGGACGACUCCACGACCACCCGAUAAUUCAUGUCGCAAUGGAGAAGACUAUUGGUAUGAACGCACGCCAUAUCACAAG